GUCCAUUGGCGCAUUGUGCUAAUCCCUUUGUUGAAUACAAAAUGUUUUCCUAUAAGCUUAUAAUUCACGGUCUCUCUCCUUUGACACACUUCAGUUCUACCCUCUAUCAGCCACCAUCAUGACUGGGUUGGAUUAUCCUCUUUACCCCACUUUCGCCUUCCUCGGCUUUGUGUUCGCACUUAUACCUCUUCCCUGGCAUCUACAAGCAUGGAAUUCGGGAACUUGUUAUUACAUGAUUUGGACGGCAAUCUCUUGCCUCAACCAGUUUAUCAACUCCAUCGUUUGGCAUAACAAUGCUAUCAACUGGGCACCUGUUUGGUGUGACAUCUCCAUUCGGAUAAUGCUCGGCGCCUCUGUGGGCAUUCCUGCUGCGUCAUUAUGCAUCAAUCGCAGACUAUACAACAUCGCGAGAGUUCAUGCGGUCACAGUCACGAAGGCAGAGAAACGUCGCGCCAUCCUUAUUGACACGCUAAUCUGCGUGCUUUUUCCUAUGAUAUUCAUCGCGCUCCAAUAUGUUGUGCAAGGCCAUCGCUUCGAUAUUUACGAAGACAUCGGCUGCUACCCUUUCAUAUACAAUACGCUCCCAGCGUUUUUCUUGUCCGACAGCAUGCCUAUAAUAAUCGGUCUGAUCUCUAUGGUCUACUGCGGUCUUUCCUUGAGGGCUUUUUACCGUCGCCGCGUACAAUUCAACCAGUUUUUGGCAUCCAACACGUCUCUCAGCGCUAGCCGUUACUUCCGUCUCAUGGCACUCGCAAUGACGGAGCUAUUAUGCACCAUUCCCCUCGCAUCCUUCAUGAUAUGGCUCAACUCUGCAGCGCAGCCUGUGCAGCCCUGGGUCAGCUGGGAGAAUGUUCACUAUGACUUUUCACGUGUUGUACAAUAUCCGUCAAUUCUGUGGACAAGAGACUACCUCCUCGUUGUCGCCAUCCAGCUUACGCGGUGGUUCGUAGUUAUCUGUGCCUUCAUAUUUUUCGCCUUCUUCGGCUUUGCCGCAGAAGCGCGGAAGAACUACAGCGCCGCUUACUGGGCGGUCGCAAAGUUGUUUCGAUUCUCCCCAGCAAAGCCGCAACCACGUAUGGACUCAAAAAAUGGGUUCAACCGUCCCCCUCGUGCGCCUGCGAUGAUUUCAUCAGCAGGCUCGUUGCCUGUUUAUGUCGCUAAAGAACAGAAACGAACUAGUUCUUUGGCAUCGUCCUGGGAAUAUUCACUGGACGAAAAGAGAGCCGCUACGGUGGCAGAAACGACGCCUUCCCCUUCACCAUCGGAAGAGUAUUUCCCUCAUGUCGGCUAUGACGACGUUGACCUCAUUGAACCCGGGCGUGCCGUAUGAUAUCUGCGAGAUCGCCUCCAAAGUUUUAUAUGUAAUAUCAAACAUCUCAUGCUUCGAGUGUUUCAUCCCUCAUUCAUUGUUAAUUAUACCUUCACGUGAGGAAAAUUCAAUCUUUCACUUGUAUCACCUCCAGACACCUCACAAUCUUUGUUGAUUCGUAUUCAUACUCUAGAAAUAACAUGUGCUGUAUCCCUAAAAUGUGUGGU